AUGUCUGCCAAAGACGACCAGAACAUAACCCUCACCGCUCAAUGCAUCUGCAAAUCAUUCACCUUCACUGCUGAGGUAUCUCGGCAAAAGAUACCUCUCGAGGGGUUCAUGUGUCACUGCACGUCGUGCCGAAACGUCACCGGAGCCAUGUACAGCAGUGACACGGAUUGGCCCGGUUCGAUAGACGAAGUCCUAGGUUCCGAACUCAAGCGUUACGAGUUCACAUCCAACGUCAGUAUCAUGUUCUGUGGUACCUGCUCGACACCCAUGUUCUGGCACGAGCAUUACCAGGAUAAGCCGCAGAACAUUGGCGUAUUUACUGGGCCUUUGAAGGAUGUGGGAGUCAAGAACUUCAUCCAGUUUGUGGACCAGAUCUUUGUGGGCGACACUAAAGACGGGGGCAUUUCUCCUUGGCUUUGGAAUGUCAACCAAGAUGGUUCACGGACCCGACUUUGGAAGGGAAGGCGGGACGUCAGUGAACAGCUAAAGGAAGAUUGGCCUGUCAGUUCAAACAGUCCUGUCCCUGAAGCCGUUUCGAAGGAGGGUAUCCCUAUUCGUUGUCGAUGCAGUGGAGUACAGUUUGUCUUUCGCCCAAGCAACGUGGACUUUUCUGAUACGACUACUAAUCCUAUCCCAUUCUACAUCGACCCAAAGUCUCAUAAGCAUCUCGCGACAUUGGACCCAUGCAGCUAUUGUCGAUUAUCUGUCGGAGUUGAAGUGAUGAACUGGACAUUUGCCCUUCCGGCGCAGAUCGAGUUCGCAGAAGAUUCCAAGGAAGGAAGUUUCCCUCGAAACACUCACGAGCUGAAGGACGCGGUGCAGAGUCCCAACCGAGAUCCACGAUAUGGAACACUUGCCAUGUACCGCAGUUCACCAGAUGUUCAACGAUAUUUCUGCUCACGGUGCUCCGCUUUGGUAUUUUACACAGUGGACGAUCGCCCAGAUGUUAUUGACGUGGCGGUCGGGCUCCUCCAUGCCCCAGAGGGAGCUAGAGCAGAGAGUGUCCUGACUUGGCACUUGGGGGCCAAGACCAUGGGCGGCGAAGAGCACGGAGAUAGUUGGAGGGAUACUUUUGCCAGGUCUGUCAACGAAACAUCAGAGAAGUGGAGAAUCGAAAAGGGAUAUCCCAAGACAUGGGCAAGGCUGGCGGCUGAAGACGUUAAGAAGGAAUGA